ACAACAAUCAUCUUUGUUUUGAUUGCAGUUUUCUGACAGUCUGCGCAAUUAAUUAAAUCAGUGCAAAAACAUUUCGGAAAAUCCGGAAAACAGAAUCCCCAUCUGUGUAGAAAAAAAACACGGCAGCCUGCCUUUGUCUCCAAUCAAAAUAAAAAAGUGCUUCUCGGUCUGCAAAACCACCCUCAGGGCCCGUGUCAAGUUGGAUUUCUUCGGUGGCUCCCGGCAAGCUCAGCAGCCUCAGCUAGCCCAGUCGACUGGGCGUCAACCGGUAGCUGUUAUCCGAAAUCGAAUGGCCACUGUGCGAGUUCCGGAGCAAAAAAUCAUUCUCUGUGGCGAGUAUGGCGUUGGUAAGAGUUCCAUAUUCCGGCGGUUCGCCACCAAUAGCUUCGUAACGGCAACGGACCGGAAAUCGACCCUCGGGUUGGACCAUUACGAUCGAAGCUUUGCUGUCGGUGAACGGAACUUUCAGUUGCAAUUAUGGGACACCGGUGGCAUGGAACGAAUUGCCUCAAUUACCUCCAGUUACUACAAAUUCGCUGAGGCUGCCCUGUUGGUGUUUGCUUUGGAUAACCCGGCCUCGUUUCAUUCGCUAUCGCAGCACAUGCUCGAUGUAGUUUCCUACGCUGAGAAUGCCAAGAUCUUUUUGGUCGGUAACAAAGUUGAUUUGGAACAAACCGGAGAGGUUACUGAUGCCGAUAUGGAAUCGUUCUGCGAACAGUGUCACAGUUUAAUCAGCGCAACUUACAAGAUAUCGUGCAAAACUGGCGAGGGAAUCGAGGAAAUGUUCCAAGACAUUUCCAACACCUUGGUGGAAUCGAAUCGCUCUCGGUUGGAGCUGCAGCAAUUGGAAUCACACGGUUUCAAGAUCGAACCGCCCGAGGAAAUUGGCGAACCGUCUUGUCUUUGCUAGUAUUACGUGCCCUCAGUUUAGGGCAGAUUCAAAUACUCAAAAUACCCACGAACAUUUUGUAACGAUUGCAUUGGGACGAUUUUCAACAUGAAUGACCUAUACUACUAAAUUUGAUAACUUGAAGAACCCUUUCAAAAGUUUACUGAGCUGAUUGAGGUAGGUAUUCAAUUUGAAUAUCAAACUUACAACGAUUUUUCUUAAAAAAUCAUUUUUUACUCAUAUUGACAUUGCAUUUAGAAUUGAACAAUAUAUUCUUAUCAGCAGCCUUUUCAAUUUGGAAAAAUCGUUGCUGUGUGAUAAAGGACUGGUAAUCAGCCGUCCGGUAGAAGUUAGAUGAAAUUAAAUGUUCUGAUAGGGUUUAAUUUACCUAAAGUUAAGAGAAGAACUUUGCCAUUUUUUUUAUUUUUAUGUUUCUAAAUUUCCAUGCAUGUUUCGAAUAGACAUUUCAAACAUUAUUUUGUUUUUCGUAUUUGUCUUAAAAGUUUAUCAUUCAAAGAAAUUAAAUUUUACACAAUGUGUUUUUUUGAAGUUUUGCAUUUGAUUUUGACCUGUUUGAAAUAACCGGUAGAUUAACUCAUAGUUAACACAUUAAAAAAAUCAAUGAAUCGUGAAUAUUAAACACACAUUAAUGAAAAAGAUAUAACUUUUAAGAAACAGCUGCAGUGCCAUAGAACCUGAGAAAUAGCAACCAAUUAAAAAAAAUGUGGAAGUAUCGUGAAUGGCCAAUUUCGCAGCCCAGUGCUAA